CCAGUCCCCUCCCCUGCUCUCCUUCCAUCCUCCUUUUCUUUUCUUUCUUCCUUCAUUAAUCUUUUUCCUCUGCAACCCAUUUCUCAUCUUUCUGUACUUUUCUUCUCCACCACUUAAAAAUGGCAGAAGCAAUGUCUCUUCUGCCACUGAUGCUCUUUCUUUUUCUUCUCAAUGGUGAUAAUGGGAUUCAUUGCUUUCAAGAGAAGAAAGCUUUCACUUUGCAGAAAUUUCAAUGGAGAGAACAGAGUCAUCUCUCUACAUGUCAGCCACAGAUAUCAAGAACAGGGAAGACUGCAUCUGUAUUGGAAAUGAAGCACAAAGAUUAUUGCUCCGGACUGAUCAGGGACUGGGACAAAGAGCUUCAGAAGCACUUAAUUACUGACAACAUUCGGGUACAGUCAUUUCAAUCGAAAAUCAAAAAAGCACUUUCUGGCAAGAUUGAAGACCUAUCAGAAACCCAAAUUCCUUUGACUUCAGGCAUGAGAGUUCAGACACUCAACUACAUUGUUAAAGUCGAAUUGGGAGGUAGGAAUAUGACUGUGAUAGUGGACACAGGAAGUGAUCUGACAUGGAUCCAGUGUGAGCCUUGUUAUUCAUGUUACAACCAACAAGAUCCACUCUUCAAGCCAAUGGCCUCCCCAUCAUACCAACCAGUUCUCUGCAACACUUCCACUUGCCAGUCCCUACAAUUUGCCACUGGAAAUUCAGGAACAUGUGGGACUAGCCAACCAACCUGCAACUACUUUGUGAGCUAUGGAGAUGGAUCGUAUACUCGUGGUGAAUUAGGUCGUGAACAGCUUAAUCUUGGUACCACCACCAUUCCAAAAUUUCUCUUUGGUUGUGGCAGGAACAACAAAGGUCUCUUCGGGGGAGCUGCCGGUCUAAUGGGCUUAGGUCUCGGUGAGCUUUCGUUAGUUUCUCAAACAAAUAGCCAAUUUGGAGGUGUUUUCUCCUACUGUUUACCUUCAAUAGAAGGUGAUGCAUCUGGAUCACUUAUUCUAGGUGAGGAUUCUUCUGUUUACAAGAAUUCCACUCCCAUCUCUUACACUAAAAUGGUUCCAAAUCCACAGCUUUCAACCUUCUAUCUACUCAACCUUACUGAUAUUAGCAUUGGUGGGGUAGCUUUACAAGCUCCGGGGUUUGCUAAAGCUGGAAUUCUGAUUGACUCUGGAACUGUAAUCACUAGACUUCCUCCAUCAGUUUACAGGGCUCUGAAGACUCAGUUCCUAAAACAGUUCUCCGGAUUCCCUUCGGCUCCCGGGUUUUCCAUUCUAGAUACAUGCUUUAACCUCACUGGGUACCAGGAAGUGAACAUUCCCACAGUGAAGAUGCAUUAUGAUGGUGAUGUUAAGAUGAAUGUGGAUGUUGAUGGCAUCUUUUACUUUGUUAAAACGGAUGCUUCUCAGGUCUGUUUGGCUCUGGCUAGUCUAUCUUCUGAAGAUGAGAUUGGGAUCAUUGGGAAUUAUCAGCAGAAGAAUCUUAGGGUUGUUUAUGAUACCAAGGGAUCAAGGAUAGGAUUUGCAGAAGAGACUUGCAGUUUUAUUUAAGAAUGAAAUUUAAGGAAUGAAGAUAUAAUUGUGAAAAUGUUUAUUAUGUGGGAAAUGUCAUCCAAAAGUUUUUAUAGGGGCUGACAACCAGGAAAAUAUUCUGAGCUGCAGCUUUUUUGUCAAGAUUAAUUUUUAAUUAGGUAAGAUAAUGUUUGAAGGGAAGGAGUAAUAGCUCUCUAUGUAUGCACUGUUGACUUUUGAAAUAAUUUGAUACUAUAUUACUAUUUUAUGAAAGGAGAAAAAGUUUGGACUU